AUGGAUAUUCUUGAAGACAGCGGGAUGCUUGGGACUCGUCCUAGUUCGUUUCCCGUGGAGCAAAAUUUCAAGAUAGAUCAGUGUCUUGAAAGCCCCAAAACAGACGCAAAACAAUAUCGUAGGUUGAUGGGUCGGUUGUUGUACUUAAGGGCAACUCGGCCUGACAUUGCGUAUUCGGUAAAUGUUCUUAGCCAAUUCGUUUAUGAUCCACGAGUCGAUCAUAUGGAUGCAGCUAGUCGAAUUUUGCGCUAUUUGAAGUCUACUCCCGGUCAAGGCAUUUUUAUUCUAAAGCAUGGUGGUUUUGAUCUUGCAGCAUAUUGUGAUGCUGAUUGGUUAGGAUGUCAGUUGACGAGGCGUUCCCGAACUAGUUAUCUUCUCUUGUUGGGGGGAGCUCCAGUUUCAUGGAAAACUAAGAAGUAG